AUGUAUGUCCCUAAGAAAUACCGCAACCACAACCUGGUCUAUAUUUUGUUGGCCGUGGAGCUCGGGUUCAUCAUCGUCAUUCUCACAUUCACCGGUAUCGCUGCACAUGAUCGGUAUCGGACAAAAUUAUGGCAAGACGGCUACGAUAAUGGCUUCAACAGCUCUCCUGACACAGCGGUCUACGCAGCUGCCAAUUAUCGCUCGUAUGAUACCCCCAAAGUAUGGUCGUCAUUUACUACAAACUGGAACCUCGUCAUCUCCAUCCUGAGCGUCUUCAUCCUGAUCACCAAAGUCCCACUGCAUGUUCUCGGACUCUUAUAUCCCAUCGCCUUGGCCAUUGUCCAAGUCGGAUUGAUCGCCGUCUACUGCGUGUCCGCCGCAUGGCAAGCCGGCAGCGACACAUCGGACCCAGAACAUCGCCAGUCCGGCCCACCAUGGUACAUCACCAAGAACUGCAAUGUCGCGCACGACUCCGGCAACGUCACAUACUGCCAGCAAGCCAAGGCGCUUUUUGCAUUCACCAUCCUGAUAAUCGUCCUCUACACCGUCGAGCUAGGCAUCGCAAUCCAAAACUGCUUUAUCACGAAAGAAGAACGCGCCGAGCGUGACGAGGAGCGCGAAGAGAAAGAAACAAUGAAGGCAUACGAGGACAUGAUCCUCAAGUCACCGACCAUGAUCCCGAUGACACCAAGCGCAAUCCCCAUGACCCCAGGGGGUACGCAGUUCCCGCGCUCGCCGAUGCCCGUGAUGACGCCACGCAGUCUAGCCUUCAACCGACUUGACUCAUAUAACACGUCCACGUCCACGCCCACCUCGACAGAUCUCCCCCUCCGCGACCACUACACCGCGCCAACGCCCCAGGCUGUUGCCGUGAACCAGGAGGUGGAGGCUGGCCCGACGAUUCAGCAGCCACAGCCGCAGAUCUACUUUCCCCCGCCGCCUAAGAAGGCGAAGAAGUAG